AUGGCCAAGAAGAAAGCUAAUGUGCCGGCAAAGCCCAAGAAGGGCAAGAUUGCGCACCAGAAAUACAUCCAAAACGAGAUCAACAAAGCCAAAAGUCCAAAUCCGGAUCUUUCUAGCAUUGAGAAGUCGAAUGCCAAGUCAAGGGCAUCCAGCAAAGCUACCACACGUUUACCUGUCACUCAGCAUGCUGGCCCAACCAAAUCGGUUCCGAUGAUCACAUUUCUCAAACCAAGGUAUCCACCUGACACGACGACCAAGCCGCUGGAUCCAGUCUCUCCAGGCCUUCGACCGACUGUGAAACUGCCGUACUCUCGAAAAGGUAGAUUCCCCUUCCUGGACCUUCCUGGUGAGCUACGGAACAAAAUUUAUGCCUACGCGUUGCCCAGAGAGACUUUCCACUUGUACUGGGUCGACCGAUCGCAGAGGACGAAAACGUUGACCUAUGGACUACCUUUGCGUCCAAUGGCGAAACAACCAUGCUUAGAGCAGGAUGUUCUCGAAAGACGUGGAGCAACGCGGAGGUCUCGUGGAGAGCGAUCUGGAUAUCAUAACCCGGUCAUGACUGAGAUUUAUACUCAGGUCAACCCAAUCUCGCUUCUCUGGGUAUGCAGCAAGAUGUAUCCUGAAGUAUCAUCAAUCUUCUACAGCCUAUCAACAUUCCGCUUCAACCGCAUCGGCACCAUACGACACUUCCUCAAAAAUCUCACUCAAGCUAACAGAGUCUCGAUUCAAUCUCUCACACUCCAGCACCAAACUUAUGGACAUCCUUCAAGUAAGGGAAAUAGUAUCUGGAAAUGGAAGGCAGACAAAGCCUGGCAGGAGUUGUGCUGGAGAAUCCCUGAGGAGUGCCCUUCGCUCACGAAUCUGAAUCUUGAGCUCAACUAUAAGCUUUGCCCAAUGACAUUUGGGAAACUCGACCUAGCUCGUGAUGGCUGCUUUUCAACCCGCUGGAUGCUAGCACUAUGGGGCUUUCAAGACUUUGGCAUCAAGCGAAUCUCUUGUGUGAUCAGAAGCGACAUUGUAGAUCCCCUCGUCCUCGAAGUAGCGUGCCGUGAGCUACGUGAAGAAUUGCUGGGUGAAGAUUGGGAUGCCGAUGCGGAAGCCAAACGGGAUGCUUGGGGCUUCAGUAAGAUGACACCUAUACUCGACUUGACUUAA